AUUAUAUUACCAAAUGGCAAAGCAGUUUUGCACUUAUCUGCUUCUAACUCUCUAGGUAGUCCUUUUAUUUGUAAUGCUAUAGUUAAACAUCAUUAAACUACCACUUUGUGGUGCAUGCAUGCCCCCCCUUGUUAAUGUUACAACUUAACUUUCACUAUUUUCUUACUGGACAAAAAUUGUCUGUUAUUUGCAUAUUUAUUAACACUAAUGUUCAAUAAUGGUAUUCAUUUUUUACUACCUACUGAUUUGUGGUCUUUUACUAAAUAAAAACUGAUUGAUAGAGGCUUUGGACAAUUGAGUAGUUGGAAAUUAGUAUUUGUCCUCAUAAAUUCCUGUUAAAACACUGCAAUUUGAGAACAUUGAUUGCUUUGGACUUUGGUAACAAUUCAAAGAUUUAAAUAUCAGAUUUCUCAGAUGCAAAAAAAAAAUCACAGUUCUUGAUUUCAAAAUGUACUCGGCAGGGAAAGAUUCUGACUUAGUGUACUUGAGGUUGGUAAGUACAAUAGUAUAGACCUGGCUUUUCCCAGUUACGAGAUCAUGUAUUUAUAACAUUGGUCCCUCAUGAGGAACCAAUUCUUUGGUCAACUACAUUUACUAGGUUUGACCUAUUAGUGGGAAAAAUGGGGUGAGACACUCCUUGAAUUUGAGGAAUGUGGUAAUGACCGAUGAAUCCUUCUAAGUUCUCUAAAAUGUUUCUCAACACGUCACUGUUAUGUUGGCUUGAGCUGCCCACCCAUGUUGGACUUGAGCUCGCCUAUGUUGGGCUUGAGCGCGUCCAUGUUCUUUUGAAUACUCUCUAGAAGCUUAGGGAUUUUAACCUUAAACGGCCGAGGUCAGAUGAUGUCAAAUGGACUUGGACCGUUACGAAUAUUCAUUAACACUUACUAAUUUUAAUAACUAUAUAAAAAAACCGACCUAAUUGUGUUAUUUUUUACUAGUAAGUCUUUGCUAUUUUGUUUUGAAACUUAAAAGUUAGUUUGAGGUGAAGAAGUCUAAUUACAAAAUAAUAUUAUCAUUAAUUAAUAAUACAAACAUUGAAGUCAGGAUUAGUUAAAUCCAAAACAAAAUAUCUCUUUUACUUCGUUUCAAAAAUUGAAGAGAUAGCUUAUGUCCAACCAACCUUUAGAUGCAUGCCAUCAUAAUGGUAAUAUACAUUAAGUAAAUUCAGAAUCAUCUAAUGUGAUUUGGAAAGGAAGCAUCAUAACUAGAGCAGAAUUUUUGUCUUAAUAAUAAAGUAAGAGUUUUAGGUUCUUGGUUAAGUAAGGAUCAUUCCAACCACCAAUUGUCUUAUGUAAUCUAUAGAACAAUAGAAUAUUCUCGACUAUACUAGAGUAAUAAGCAAUAUAAAAGUAUUUGAGGUCCUGAAAGUUCCAAGUUUACAACCCUGUGCACAACACUCUGUGGUUGUAACUUGAGCCACGUCUGCUGCUUUUAGCAUGUGCGGACAAAUGAGGCCACGUGAAUGAAUUACCUUUUAGGAUUUUUUAACACACUACGUGGAACUUAAAUAUCCCUCACAUUGCUUUCCACUUUAUUCUAUAUGAACAACCUCCUUCAAUGCUAUACCUACCAACUUAACAAUCUAAAGUGUAAGCAUUCAGUUAGUGAGAUUCACAAAGCCAUUCUCAUCCUUAGAAAAGAUUUGGAUCUAUCUCUUUGUUCUUGAGCUUUGCAUUGCAACAUUAAGGAACUAUUUAUUAUCAAUGGCUGUUUCAUCUUGUCAAUCUAUCAUGUCAAGCUCUAUGACCAACAUUUCUAGCAGAUCUAGAGUUAAUCAGAUUACCAACAUCUCUUCUGUGUAUAUUCCAAGCAUGAGAAGGAAUGUCAGCCUCAAAGUUAGAUCUAUGGCUGAGGGAGAGCAGAAAGAGCAACCUAAGGUGCCCGUAGACCCAACUAUACCAAUUACACCAUCACCAACACCAACACCAACACCAGAACCAGCCUAUACUCGUCCACCAAAGAUGAGCACAAAGUUUUCAGAUUUGAUGGCAUUUGGUGGGCCAGCACCUGAAAGGAUCAAUGGAAGGUUGGCUAUGAUUGGUUUUGUAGCAGCAAUGGGGGUAGAGAUAGCAAAAGGGCAGGGUUUGUUUGAACAAUUGUCUGGUGGUGGAGUUCCAUGGUUCUUGGGGACAAGUGUGUUGUUGUCACUUGCUUCAUUGAUUCCAUUUUCUCAAGGGGUUAGUGUUGAGUCUAAAUCAAAAAGAAUCAUGUCCUCAGAUGCAGAGUUGUGGAAUGGAAGAAUUGCAAUGUUGGGUUUGAUUGCUUUGGCAUUCACAGAAUAUGUUAAGGGCACAUCCCUUGUGUAAUAGAAUUCUUUGGGGACACAUAUAAGGUCUAUAAAAUUUGUGGUUAGAAGCCAAUCUAGGAAUUAUUUAUGUAAAUUCUUAUGAGGUAACUCCUUUGAGGUACUUCUUAUUGCCAUGUCCAAGAGAGAGUGUAAUUGAAAUAUCUUUAUACUUAAAAAGAGCUCUAAAUUCUUCGACUGAA